UCACGAAUCCAGAUUUCAUGCCUAAACUGUGAACAAGAGUCAUAGCUUCAUACCGUAAAUCAUCAUCCAAAUCAGGAAUUUCGUUGAUAGCAUCCCACACAUUGUUAGCUUUGUCAUCAGCUUCUUUCUCUUCAGCUUCUUUUUCCCAUCGUUUCCGUAUCAUGCCAAAGAUUUGGCUAGUGAUUUCUGUCACCUCCUCACAAGCCUUAUCUAAAUAAGAAUCAGUUCUGGCUUUUUUUCUUGGGGGAAGUUUUUCUCCAGUACUUUUUUCUGAUGAAGAAAAAACUACGUUUUCAUAACCUUGUUGGUGUAUUAUAUCUUCUCCACUAUUCAUCAUAUGGACAAAACUUAUAUCAUUUGCCCUCUCACUGUCUUCAAUUUGGGAGUUAAAAGGAUUAACAUCAUCAUCUAACAACACAUCAUUAUGCCAUGUUGCAGUGUUUUAUCCAAAUGUCAUUUGUAACUCCUCAAAAUCUUCAAAUGAAUCCUCACGCAAGUAUUUAUUAUUGGGAUUAGCCUAAUUAAAAAAGAAAAAUAUCAUUACAAUAAGAAUCAUGCAUAUAAUCAACAUCAAAAUAUUCAUAAAUUUCUAGAUAUAAUUUAUACUUUUAAAUAGACUUUCCAUACUUCAUCAUCUGCUGUGAACUUGUUUGUUUUCCCACUCAAAACCAGAAUUACAACGAAGAAAAUCUGUCAAAUUAUGGUACCUGGUUUUCAGGAUCUUCAUCCUAUUUUUGUCGUAGCCAUAUGUUUUCUUCGAUCCAAGUUGUUGGUGUAGAACUGAUAAUACUCUUGUCUCGAUCGUUAGCUUAUUGAAUUUACCACUAGCAUCACGGAAACCAUUGUUGAUCGCAUCCACUAGUGACCGUAAUAACAAUCUGUUUUUAGGUCCAGACCAUGAAUGAUAUUGACCCUUACCUUUUGCAUCUUGGGAAUCUCCCAUUGUAUUGUAUGGAAGCUAACUAAUCACAAAGUACAACAGGGAUGGUAAGAACAUUAUGCAAAGAAAACUAUAUAUAUUCAUGAAAACAUAACAAAGCAUUAAAACAAACGUGGAUGUAAAAUAAAGUAAAUAAAAAUACUACUCACUAUGAUAGAAAAGAGGAUGAUCUUUGAAGUUCAAUAAUAAUUUGGAAGCCUCUCCCUUUUAGAAUAUAAGAUAACUACGUGAUAUUGAACAUAUAUAAACACUGAUAUCUAACAACCUAACCCUAAUAAAUAACAAAGAAGCUCAUGAUUAUAUUUGUCAGAAAACAGCCCAUCAUGCAUAAAGUCCAAGCUAAUGUUUUUUUGCUCAGAAAACAACCUAUAAUUAUAUUUUGUUCGAUGAUGAUUAUGAACAGAGAAAAAAAGGAACAAACCUUGCAAGGUUGAGGACACGGUGGAUGUCAAAAGAGAAGAAACAGAGCUUGAUUCAUGACAUAUAAUGACGAUAAGAGACAAGUUCCUUCAAGUAAUUAGUGAAGGUUGGCCUCCAAGAUCGAUCCUUUUAAUUGCGUAGCUGCGCGUGGUGGAGGAUGGGGACAUCAUGAGUGAAGAAGAAGCCACAACGAGGCUGCAUCGAGUCCAUGAGAGGAUGAAACCAGCCUAACGACUAGCCUCAUAGAGGUGGACAAGGGAUUAAGGAUUAGCGAGCUGGAGAUAAGAAAAGCUAAAAUCCUUGACACGUCGGUGGCACGUUGAACCGAAUGGAAGGGAUAGAGAGGGGUAGCUUGGUUAGGAGAAGAGAAGAGCAGGUAAGGGUGGGGUGGAGAAGAGAUCGGUGGCUAGGUGAGGAAGUGUGGGGUGGUACGGAGAACUAAUUCAUAUAUGCGUAUGUUGUGUUCAUACAUAUAUUCAAAAUGUAUUAAUUAAUUUAUUUCAAAUAUCUUCAAAUAACAUCUAUAGAGAUGUUAUUUUACAAGACCUAUUUUUAACUAAAAAAGAACGUGAAGUCUCCUAAAAUCUAUAUCACAAAUUUUUCUUGUUAAAUAUUGUUUUCAAUUGAAUAACAGGAGAUUUGAUAUAGUUUAUACAAAUUGUUAAUUGAAUAACAGAGGAUUGUAAGAGAAUUGAAAUCACUUUUCAUAAAUCACAUAUUGAAUAACAGGAGAUUUUAAAAGAUUUUAUAAAAUGUUUGAUUGAAUAAUAGGGGAUUUUAAUAAAAUCCCAAAAUCUCCUAAAAUCUCUUAAAAUCAUUAAAUUCAAUACACCUUCCCCUAAAGGUGAGAUGUAAAAGUUGUACAAAAAAAAAAAAACAACAAUGACUAAAAAAGAGAACAAUGGGGGACAUUCUCUCUAAAAAGAGUCCUCAAAACUGGUUUCAAUUCAGACACAACUGAAACCACAGACCUUACCAUACACCUUACCGCACUGGAUCCCAACUACCCUCUCUCAACCCGCACCAGUCCACACAUGGUCAAUCAUCAGACCACGAAAAGAGUCUCUCUCUCUAGCGAUCACACUUGACAACUUCGCUGGAUCUGAUCUUUAAGGAAGAAGCUCUAUAUACUCUCACACUCUACCAGAAUUUCGAUUGAUUUUGAACGAUUAGGGCUUUUGUUUGCUUAAAAUGGUCUGUUGCUUGGAAACCGUUUGGUUCAGUGCCAGCGGCGGGUGAAACUCUCUCUCUCUCUCUCUCUCUGAGAUGGCGGGUUCACCUGCUAAGUUCUUGUUCGGGUUCCUGAUUCUUUCCAUGGUCUUGUGGAUGAUCUUCGUACUUUGUUCAAGAUUCUUUGCCUGGAUUCUUAGCCGAGUGCUUGGAGCAUCUGUUGUCUUCCGUUUUGGCGGUUGGAAAUGCCUCAGGGAUGUCGUCGUCAAGUUCAAUAAGGGUGCUAUUGAGUCGGUGUCUGCUGGUGAAAUUAAACUAAGCUUACGACAGUCCUUGGUCAAACUCGGCGUUGGUUUUCUUUCUAGAGAUCCUAAAGUGCAAGUCUUGAUAUGUGAUCUUGAAGUUGUAAUGAGGUCAUCGACUUCAGCAAAAAAUGUACCCAAAGCCAAAAGUCAGAAACCUCGUAAUUCUGGCUGGGGAAAGUGGAUGCUGGUGGCUAAUAUUGCCAGGUUUCUUUCAGUUUCCGUCGCUGAUAUGGUUGUCAAGACCCGAAAGGCAGUAAUGGAAGUCAAGGAACUGAAGUUGGAUAUAUCGAAAGAUGGUGGGACAAAGCCAAAUCUAUAUGUAGAGCUGCAUGUAUUACCGAUUCUGGUUCACUUAUGUGAGUCACGCAUGACGUCUGAUCAGUCGUCUAGCUCAAGCUUUGAAAGGUCUACUGCUUCCCAAACGACCUCUGCCACAACAGACAGAUCCUCUGCUGCUUUGUUUUGUGAUGAGCUCUCUCUUUCUACUGAGUUUGGACAUGACAGGGCUGUAGGUAUUUUUUUACGAAAUGUGGAAGUUAUAUCUGGAGAUGUAACACUGACUUUUGAUGAGGAUUCAUUUCCAAAGAGCAAACAGUCAUCAUCUACUCUUCAUUCAGAUGAAGUUGUAACGUCAACUAGUGCUGAUUCAUCUGCCAAGAAAUCUCCUAAAGAGCAUCAACUGGUGGCAGCUCUCGCAAAAUAUUCUUCAUCUUUUCCUGAAAUGAUCUCAUUCAAACUACCCAAACUGGAUGUGAGAUGUGUCAAUCGAGAACAUGAUCUGGCUGCUGAGAAUAACAUCACAGGAAUUCAACUUAGGAGUGUUAAAUCAAAAUCUUUUGAAGACACAGGAGAGAGUACACGUCUCGAUGUUCAGAUGGAACUCAGUGAAAUUCAUCUUUUUAGAGAAGCUGAGUCCUCUGUUGUGGAGAUUAUGAAAGUUGAUGUGGUCUCUUUUAUCUACAUCCCAAUUCAGCCGGUUCUGCCUAUUAGAGCUGAAGUUGAUAUAAAGCUGGGAGGUACACGAUGCAACCUAUUCAUCUCUAGGCUACAGCCAUGGUUGCGUCUUCAUUUCUUGAAAAAGAAAAAACUGGUGCUACAAGGUCCCACUCACACACUCGGUAAAUCAAAAGCUGCUGAUACGAAAGCCAUUAUGUGGACAGGCACAGUUUCAGCCCCUGAGAUGACUGUUAUGCUAUAUGGUAUUGAUGGUUCGCCUAUGUAUCAUUUUUGUUCGCAGUCGUCGCAUGUGUUUGCAAAUAACAUUUCGAGUACGGGCACAGCAGUUCAUGUUGAACUUGGUGAAUUGAAUCUGCAUCUGGCAGAUGAGUACCAGGAAUGCUUUAAAGAAAACCUUUUCGGAAUAGAGCCGAACUCUGGUUCGUUAAUGCAUAUAGCAAAGCUUAGCUUGGAUUGGGGAAGAAGUGACAGGGCAUCAUCUGACGAAGUUGGUUGCAGAAGUAAAUUGGUACUCUCAGUAGACGUGACUGGAAUGGGUAUUUACUUUUCUUUCAAGCGUGUUGAAUCCCUCAUAACAAAUGCUAUGUCCUUCAAAGCUCUCUUCAAGACAUUAUCUGUUUCCGGAAAAAAGAUGAAUCAAACGGGAGGAGUGCAACCAUCCAAAGGAUCUGGGAAAGGAACUAGGCUUGUGAACCUGAAUCUUGAACGUUGCUGUGUGAAUUUCUGUGACGAUACAGGAUUGGACAACACACUUAUUGACGAUCCUAAAACCGUCAAUUAUGGAUCACAAGGUGGCCGAGUUACGUUUAGUUCAUUGGCUGAUGGCAGACUACGCACAGCGAGCAUUCAGUCUACUGCUUCUAAAGAGUGUAAAAGACUGAAGUACUCGGUCUCUCUGGAAAUAUCACAUUUUAGACUUUGUCUCAACAAGGAUAAACACUCAACGCAAAUGGAACUUGGAAGAGCAAUGUCUAUCUACCAGGAAUAUUUGGAGGAGCAUAAACCUUGUUCAAAGGUCAAGUUGUUUGAUAUGCACAACGCGAAGCUUGUACGUCGAUCUGGUGGUCUCAAUGAAAUAGAUGUCUGUUCUCUUUUCAGUGCUACUGAUAUUUCACUGGGUUGGGAACCUGACGUCCAUCUGUCUUUCUAUGAACUGUUUUUGCGGUUGAAAUCCCUGGUUUUUGCACAAAGGCUUAAAGAACAUGAAAGGGAAUGCAUCUCUAGUGUGAAAGAUGGUGGCACGGGUGAAGAAAUAAAUCUGUCCAAUUCUGUUGACAAGCAGAAGAAAAAGGAAUCUAUGUUUGCUAUCGAUGUGGAAACGUUGACAAUAUCAGCUGAGGUAGGAGAUGGGGUAGAGGUUAAAUUGGAGGCACAAUCAAUAUUUUCUGAGAAUGCCUGUAUAGGAGUGCUUCUUGAGGGGCUUAUGCUUGCUUUUAAUGGAUCUCGAGUGUUUAAAACUACAAGAAUGCAAAUAUCAAGAGUUCCUUCUGCCUCGUCGAGUUUAUCUGAUGCAGUCCCUGUAAUAACAGGUGGUCCUUGGGACUGGGUAGUACAAGGGCUUGAUGUGCAUAUUUGCAUGCCACACAAACUGCAGUUGCGUGCCAUAGAUGAUUCGAUUGAAGACAUGUUGCGAGCCUUGAGACUUAUAACUGUAGCGAAAGGUAAAAACAUUUUUCCAGGAAAGAGAGAAACCUCGAAGCCUAAGAGUAAGAAAUCUAGUCCAAAAUUUGGCCGCAUAAGAUUUUGCAUACGCAGGCUUACCGCAGAUAUUGAGGAAGAACCAAUUCAGGGUUGGCUUGAUGAACACUAUCAUCUGGUUAAGAAGGAAGCUUGCGAGUUGGCUGUCAGAUUGAAAUUUCUUGAAGAUUUUAUUCACAAAACUACUCAGUCUUCUAAAGGUGCUGAAACAAGUGAUCCUUCAGAUGAAAGAAAGAUGCUUUUUGAUGGGGUUGAAAUUGAUGUCAAGGAUCCUUUAGCUAUUAACAAAGUCAAGGAUGAGAUUCAUAAACGGUCUUUUCAAUCGUAUUAUCAAGCAUGUCAGGGUUUAGCUCCCUCAGAGGGUUCCGGUGCCUGUAGGGAAGGGUUUCAGGCAGGUUUUAAGCCAAGUGCUGCUAGAACCUCUCUUCUCUCUGUUUGUGCCACAGAUUUUGAUUUAAGCUUGACGGCAGUUCAUGGUGGUGAUGUUGGUUUGAUGGAAGUCUUAAAGAAGCUUGAUCCUAUUUGUCAAGAAAAUGACGUACCCUUUUCUCGGUUAUAUGGAAGCAACGUUGACUUGAAAACUGGAAGCUUGGUAGUUCAGCUAAGAAAUUACACACUCCCUCUUCUCUCUGGCACUUCUGGCAAAUGUGAAGGUCGUAUUGUACUUGCUCAGCAGGCAACGUGUUUUCAACCACAAAUUUCGCAAGACGUAUAUGUAGGAAGAUGGAGAAAAGUGCGAAUGUUCCGGUCAGCAACUGGCACAACUCCGCCGAUGAAGACCUACUCAGAUCUGCGCAUACACUUUCAACAAGGACAAGUUUCCUUUGGAGUUGGAUAUGAACCGGCGUUUGCAGACAUUAGCUAUGCUUUCACAGUGGCUCUUCGUAGGGCUAAUCUGAGUUAUAGGAGUCCAAGUGUUCCACUUCCCGUUAAAAAAGAACGAAGCUUACCUUGGUGGGAUGAUAUGAGAAACUAUGUUCAUGGCAAUAUCACUUUAUCUUUUUCUGAAUCAAAGUGGGAUAUUCUUGCUACAACAAAUCCGUAUGAGAGUCUUGAUAAACUUCAAAUAGUGACUGCUCCUAUUGAACUUCGGCAGUCAGAUGGUCGUGUGUUUGUCAAUGCUAAAGACUUUAAGAUAAAACUGAGCAGUCUGGAGAGUUUGAUUAGCCGACACUCUUUAAAAGUUCCAGUCGGCACCUCUAGAGCUGCAUUUAUUGAAGCCCCUUUGUUUAAUCUCGAAGUUACAAUGGACUGGGAAUGCGAGUCUGGGGAUUCUUUGAAUCAUUACCUAUAUGCAUUUCCAACUGAAGGAAAGCCUCGUGAAAAGGUUUUUGAUCCGUUCAGAUCAACAUCACUCUCGCUUCGGUGGAAUUUCUCCCUUAGACCGGAGAAACUUCACCAGUCUUCCUCAGGUACAGAGCAGUCAACAGACACUGGAACUGUCUAUAGCUCGCAAGACAAGCCUGAGACACCCACAAUGAAUCUUGGAGCUCAUGAUUUGGCAUGGAUACUUAAGUUCUGGGGUUUGAUGUACUAUCCUCCUCACAAGUUACGUUCUUUCUCCAGAUGGCCUAGGUUUGGUGUCGCCAGAGUUGCAAGAUCAGGAAACUUAUCUCUAGAUAAGGUUAUGACGGAAUUUAUGCUCCGUGUAGAUGCCACUCCUUCCCUGAUCAAUUACAUGCCUUGGGACUCUGAUGAUCCUGCCAGAGGAUUGACGUUUAACAUGGCAAAGCUAAAAUACGAAUUAUGCUAUAGUCGUGGGAAGCAGAACUAUACAUUUGAAUGCAAGCGAGAUGUGCUUGACCUUGUAUAUCAAGGUCUUGAUCUUCACGUGCCUAAGGCUUUUAUUAACAAAGAUGUGCAUCCUUGCAUUGCUUUGAGGAAAAGCACUCAAAGUGCUUUGAUAGACAGAAUACCCUGUGGAAAGAAUCGCAAGAGGGAUGAGAAGCAUCGCGAUGAAGGUUUUCUAUUGUCGUGUGAUUAUUUUACAAUCAGAAGGCAGGCCCCAAAAGCUGAUCCGGAAAGGCUAUUAGCUUGGCAAGAGGCUGGAAGAAGAAAUCUUGAGAUGACAUAUGUGCGGUCUGAAUUUGAAAACGGAAGCGAGAGUGAUGAACACAUACGAUCAGACCCUAGUGAUGAUGAUGGAUACAAUGUUGUCAUUGCUGACAAUUGUCAACGGGUCUUUGUUUAUGGCCUGAAACUCCUGUGGACCAUUGCGAACAGAGAUGCUGUUUGGUCUUUUGUUGGUGCAAUAUCGAAAGCAUUUGAGCCUGCCAAACCUUCUCCGUCGCGUCAGUAUACACAGAGGAAGAUUACUGAAGAAAGCCAAAAAGAAUCUUGUCAAGAAACGCAUCAAGGGGAAACGAUGAAGUCUUCUGCUAGUCCUGGAAGAAAUAUCCCUUCACAGCCUAUGGAGAUGGCAGGACCUCUUUCAUCACCGUCACACUCGGUGAAAAUUGAGAAAUCAUAUGACAGAGCUGAUCUAGGUAAAGUUGAGAACAGUGAAUCUGAGGAAGAAGGCACUCGUCAUUUCAUGGUGAAUGUCAUCGAGCCACAGUUUAAUCUUCACUCUGAAGAAGCUAAUGGACGCUUUCUGCUUGCUGCUGUUAGUGGCCGUGUUCUAGCACGAUCGUUUAAUUCCAUCAUGCGUGUUGGUGUAGAAGUGAUUGAACAGGCUCUAGGCACUGGAAGUGUCCAGAUUCCAGAAUGUAAUCCUGAAAUGACAUGGACACGGAUGGAAAUUUCUGUAAUGUUAAAGCAUGUGCAGGCUCAUGUUGCUCCGACUGAUGUUGACCCGGGUGCUGGAUUGCAGUGGCUCCCAAAAAUUCGUAAAAACUCGCCAAAGGUGAAACGUACUGGGGCUUUACUUGAAAGAGUCUUCAUGCCUUGUGACAUGUACCUUAGGUAUACAAGACACAAAGGUGGAAAUCCUGAUUUAAAGGUGAAACCACUAAAAGAACUCACUUUCAAUUCACACAAUAUAACCGCUACGAUGACUUCUCGGCAAUUCCAGGUUAUGCUGGAUGUUCUGACUAAUCUUCUCUUUGCAAGGCUUCCAAAGCCUCGGAAAAGUAGUCUCCAAUGUCCCACUGAAGAUGAAGAUGUUGAAGAGGAGGCUGAUGAAGUAGUUCCAUAUGGAGUUGAAGAAGUAGAGCUUGCAAAAAUUAACCUUGAAGAAAAAGAGCGAGCACGAAAGUUGCUUCUUGAUGAUAUUAGAAAAUUGUCUCAUUGUUCCGACAGUAUGGCUGACACACAUAUGGAAAGGGAAGGUGAAUUGUGGAUGAUUAGUACCAGAAAAUCCACACUGGUGAAAGGAUUAAAGAAAGAGCUCUUACAUGCACAGAAGUCUAGAAAGGUGGCUUCUGCAUCUCUAAGAAUGGCGCUACAGAAGGCUGCACAGCUGCGACUGAUGGAGAAAGAAAAGAACAAAAGUCCAUCAUAUGCUAUGUGUAUUUCCUUGCAAUUCAAUAAGGUUGUUUGGAGCAUGAUUGUAGACGGUAAAUCCUUUGCUGAAGCAGAGAUAAAUGACAUGAUUUAUGACUUUUAUCGGGAUUACAAAGACAUUGGCGUUGCUCGAUUCACCACCAAGUCCUUUGUUGUGAGGAACUGUUUGCCUCUUGCAAAGUCGGAUAUGCUUUUAUCAGCGUGGAAUCCUCCAAGCGAGUGGGGAAAUUUUAUUUGCAGGAAUUUUAUGCUACAUGUUGAUGCAAAGCAAGGAGCACCAAAAGAUGGACACUAUCCUCUUGAGCUUUUCCAUGUUGCGAUUUACCCCCUGAGGAUUCAUUUAACAGAAACAAUGUACAGAAUGAUGUGGGAGUAUUUCUUCCCAGAGGAAGAGCAAGAUUCCCAAAGGCGACAGGAAGUUUGGAAAAUUUCGACAACAGCUGGUUCGAAACGUGUGAAGAAAGGGUUAGUAAGUCAUGAAUCUUCUACAACUAGUCACUCCAAUGUUGAAGCAUCUCGGGGGAGUUCUGUAGGGCUGUCACAAAGCAAUGCUGACUCUGUUCAAAAAUCAAAUACUCUCAGCCUCAGGUCUAGCACGGGUGGUUUUGGUCAGGAGUUGAGAAGAACAUCUUCUUUUGAUAGGACCUGGGAAGAAAAUGUAGCACAAUCCGUAGCCAAUGAACUCGUUCUACAAGCUCACUCUUGCACCGUGUCAUCUUCCGUUGAACAACAGGAGGAUUCCUCUAAACAGAAGAUCAAAGAGACAAAACCUGUCAAGCCUGGCCGCUCUUCUCAUGAAGAAAAGAAAGCUGGAAAAUCUAGGCCUAGAAAGAUGAUGGAGUUUCACAACAUCAAAAUAAGCCAGGUGGAGCUUCAAGUGACCUAUGAGGGCUCAAGAUUUGUUGUAAAUGACCUCAAGUUGCUGAUGGAUACAUUUGACCAUGUUGAGUUCACUGGGACUUGGAGAAGACUGUUUUCUCGUGUUAAAAAACACAUCAUCUGGGGAGUACUGAAGUCUGUUACAGGAAUGCAGGGGAAGAAAUUCAAAGACAAAUCACAGAUUAACCGUGGGAUUACUGAGAAUGACCUUAAUCUAAGUGACAAUGAUCACACGGGGAAACCAGUGACGUUGUUUAAGCGUCAAAGUGAUGGAGCAGGGGAGGGAUUUGUUACUUCUGUUAAAGGACUAUUCAACACGCAAAGGCGCAAAGCCAAAGCAUUUGUGUUGAGAACUAUGAGAGGUGAAGCAGAGAAUGAUUUCCACGGGGAGUGGAGUGACAGUGAUGUAGAAUUCUCUCCUUUUGCUCGGCAAUUAACUAUAACGAAAACUAAGAAGCUCAUCAGACGUCACACUAAGAAACUACGUCCAAGAUCUCAAAGAGGUUCGACUUCUCAGCAAAGAGAAUCACUUCCAUCAUCAUCAAGAGAGGUUACUGCAUUUGAAAGUGAUUGUUCAAGUGGAUCUUCACCGUACGAAGAUUUUGAAGAUUAAAAUCAUUCUUCUUGGCUGAGGUAGGAAGGGAAGGAUAGACUUCUCAGCUUUUGACAAGACUUGUAAAUUUUGUUUUUUUUCCCGGCUGUAAUAGGAGAACGAACAAUAUUGAGAGAGAGAGAGAUCAACAAUAUUGUACAGACGUUGGUAUAUUGGAAAAGAAAUUAGAAACCACAGGUCACUUCAUCAGUC